CGAGUGCAGGGGGCCGGUGUUGGGAGGCGGGCCUGGGCGGUCUCCUCCCUCCGGGAUCCGGGCAGUAGCCAGACACCUCCGGGCUGGGCUGGGGCUCUGCCGCCUCCUGCCCGGCGGCCCCGGCGCGCACCCCCGCCCACCUCCUUGCCGCGGGUCCUGAUGGCGGCGGAGCCACUGACCGAGCUGGAGGCAGCCAUCGAGACAGUGGUCACUACCUUUUUCACCUUUGCAGCGCAGGAGGGCCGCAGGGGCAGCCUCAGCAUCAAUGAGUUUAAGGAACUGGUCACUCAGCUGUUGCCCCACUUGCUCAAGGAUGUGGACUCUUUAGAUGAGAAGAUGAAGAGCUUGGAUGUGAAUCAGGACUCCGAGAUCAAAUUCAACGAGUACUGGAGACUGAUAGGGGAGCUGGCCAAGGAGAUCCGGAAGGAGAAGGCCCUGGAGAUCCGGAAGAAGUAAAGCCCCUGGCCAGGAUAGGGCCGGGCUGGCCAGGCAAAACCCCCUCCCCCAUAUAGCUUCCUCCUUGAAACACAGGUGUUUCUUGUUCCCACCCUACCCUGCUUUCUUCUCUUGAGAGUACGGGCUUUGAGAGCUUCCCUGGACUUGAGAGUGGGUCCAAACAUUUUGAGCUCUUUAAGGACCAGGAAUGUUACUCAUCUUUGAACAUCAUUCUGCAGCAUUGAACACUGGGUCUUGUAUUGAUUACUAGGGAGGUGCUCAGUAAAUAAAUGGCUGAUGA